AAAAAAGAAUCCAAAAUGGUCCGCGUCAAACACCGCUACCUGCUCCUCGACAUCCUCUACCCAGAUCCCACCUCAUGGCCGCCCUCGACAACGGCGCCGAAAAAUGCAACACGAAACGCACAAUCCCAAUUGCGCAUCCACUCGCCCACAUCCGACGCCCUGACGCCGAGCUUGCUUGCGAAGAUGGUGAGGGAGGCAGUCGCAGAGAUAUUUGGUGAUUGGGGUGUGGGGAGACUGGGUGGUGUUACCGCUGGCGGUGUUAGUGGUACGUAUAGUCCCUCCUUCUAUUUUGUUCGCCCUAUGUUGGUAGAGGGGUGGGUUGAGAUGGUGAUUAAUCCUGAGUUCGAUUGGGACAGUUAAAUACUUGUCGCCUGCAACUUCGACGGCCAUUAUUCGCUGUCCGCGCGCGUCGUUCCGGCUUGUUUGGACGGCGCUGACUUAUAUGUCUCGGGUGCCGGAGUAUGGGGACUCGAAUCGGUCGAGGCGGUCGGAUGUUCCGUUGACGAGGCCUUGUGUUUUUCGGGUCAUUAGGAUUUCUGGGACGAUGCGGAAGGCGGAGGAAGAGGCGAUUCGGCGGGCAAGGAGGGAGAUUGUGCGGCUGAGAGGCGCGGAGGAGGUUGGGGUGCUUG